GAGACUGCUGCAGAGGACUCUCUUCUCUCCUGCGCUCCUCCUCGCCUGCUUUUUUCCUAUUUAUUUUUGUCUUUCUUCCAUCUGCUUUUCUGUCACACAGGACCCAUCAUCCUUUCUAGAUCUUCUUCUGUAGCAGGAGGGAUAUAAAGAAAACGCCGUACAUGGAACAGAAGCACAUUUGAUCUCCUAGCUCUCUAUUCAGAAGCCUCAUCAGCCAACGGUGAUAGCGCGUAGCCGCUUCCAGCUCGCUAGUAACGGAGAGGCGACGCUUGCAGUCAAAGCUCUAAGACGACGCGGAGAAAGGGGGGGGGGAGACGGAGCGAGAGCAACAGCAACAGAGAACGAUUUGCCUAUCUUGCAAUUUCAGAGACUAUUGUGACAAUUUAAUGCGAGCUUAAAGUGUGCCGCAACACAUCUGUCUUCUUUAGGCAGAAUCUGUGCGCAAGAACUGGCUGAUUUAACCAGAAGGUGUUCAGGCUGCUUUUAUGAAUAAUAUCAAGACACUGAAGCUAUACUCAGCAAGAAAAAGGCUGAGCGCCCAGCUUGCACUUCUGAACAGGGUCUGUUUUAGGACCUUUUUUAGUUUUGUUUUUUUUAUUUUGGUUUAUGGACACUAGCUCAUGGUGCACUUAGGAUGGCGGCACGUUCGUCUUCUGUAGUCCAGUGGGACUGUUGGAAGACUUUUCCCUGAGGAUGAAAGAGGACUGGGCAAAUAACCCACUCACCUCCUGUGAAUGAAGUGGACAGACCAGCUGAAAGAAAAAGUUACUCUAACCGGUCAGGCCGUUAAAGCCAACAGCUCGGAUGGUUAGGUUGGAAAUACCUUUUCUCUUCCUCUUGCUUCGAAAAGGUUCGAAGAAACCAGCCCAGGGCCCACAGUCACCCACGACGCUCACCUGGUCGCUUUAGCAAGAAAACUACAGUCACCAAAGAUGGCUGCCGGAGUGGCGACAUGGCUGCCAUUCGCCCGGGCGGCCGCGGUCGGCUGGCUUCCUCUGGCCAAAAACACCAUGCCCAAGCCGCCCGUCGACAAGAAGCGCCGCACUGAUGAGAUUCUGAUCGUGAACGUGAGUGGGCUUCGCUUCCAGACCUGGAAAAACACCCUGGACCGCUAUCCCGACACUUUGCUGGGAAGCUCUGAAAAGGAAUUUUUCUACAACGAGGACACUCAGGAAUAUUUCUUUGACAGGGACCCGGAGAUGUUCCGCCACAUUCUGAACUUCUACCGUACGGGCAAACUGCACUACCCGCGGCAAGAGUGCAUCCAGGCCUUCGACGAGGAGCUGGCUUUUUACGGCAUUGUCCCGGACAUCAUCGGAGACUGCUGCAUGGAAGAGUACCGUGACCGCAAGAAAGAGAACCAGGAACGGUUGGCCGAGGACACGGAGGCAGAGAUGGCCACGGACACACCUCUCCCCCCGAACAGUACGCACCGCGAGCGCCUGUGGCGGGCUUUCGAGAACCCCCACACGAGCACCAUGGCGCUGGUGUUCUACUAUGUCACGGGCUUCUUCAUCGCUGUGUCCGUCAUCGCCAACGUGGUAGAGACGGUGCCUUGCCAGCCGGCCAAAGGCAGCGUGAAGCACCUGCCGUGCGGGGAGAAGUACUCCGUGGCCUUCUUCUGCAUGGACACGGCGUGCGUCCUCAUCUUCACCUUCGAGUACCUGAUGCGGCUGUUCGCCGCGCCCAGUCGCUGCAAGUUCAUGCGCUCGGUGAUGAGCGUCAUCGACGUGGUGGCCAUCAUGCCCUACUACAUCGGCCUGGUCAUGCCUGACAACGAGGACGUGAGCGGCGCCUUCGUCACGCUGCGCGUCUUCCGCGUCUUCCGCAUCUUCAAGUUCUCGCGCCACUCGCAGGGCCUGCGCAUCCUGGGCUACACGCUGAAGAGCUGCGCCUCAGAGCUGGGCUUCCUCCUCUUCUCCCUCACCAUGGCCAUCAUCAUCUUCGCCACCGUCAUGUUCUACGCCGAGAAAGGCACCAAGGGCACCAACUUCACCAGCAUUCCAGCCUCCUUCUGGUACACCAUCGUCACCAUGACGACGCUGGGGUAUGGGGACAUGGUGCCCAACACCAUCGCCGGCAAGAUCUUUGGCUCCAUCUGCUCUCUGAGUGGUGUGCUGGUGAUAGCACUUCCUGUUCCUGUCAUAGUGUCCAACUUCAGCCGCAUUUACCACCAAAAUCAGAGAGCUGACAAAAUGCGUGCCCAGCAGAAAGUGCGUCUGGCCCGGAUCCGCUUGGCUAAGAAAGGGACCACCAAUGCAUUUCUCCAGUACAAAGAAGAAGGAGGUCUGCAGCAUUACGACAGCGACAGUGCUGCUCUGUGUGUGAAGAAUAGAUCGUCCUUCGAGCACCAACACCAUCAUCUGUUGCACUGUCUGGAGAAGACCACGAACCACGAGUUCACUGACGAGCUCACCUACAGCGAGAUGUGCAUGACCGAGUCGGUGGGCUACCGCACCAGCCGCAGCACUUCCGUGUCCAGCCAGCAGGGGGUGUCCUCGUCCUGCUGCCCACGCAGGGCCAAGCGGAGAGCCAUCCGUCUAGGCAACUCCACGGUGUCGGUCAGUCGUGGCAGCGUCCAGGAGCUGGAUACCCUGCCCGUGCAGAAGAGCUCCGCCAUCCCCCAGAGUCGCUCCAGCCUCAACGCCAGGACGGAGGAGCUAAAACUGAACUGUGAGCAGUGUGACUUCACUGCAGCCAUUGUUAGCAUCCCCACCCCUCCCGCCAAUACCCCCGAUGAGAGCCUGGCCCCCUCGCCCACCAGGCUGCACUUCCUGCGUGACGCGCGUGUUGCCUGCACCACCCAGGCCGCAGUCAAGAUCUCCGCUUUAUAACCUCCUCCGAGCACACGGGCUUGGCCCCACCGCACACAGGAAAGGAGGGGCGUUCCCUGCCAGACAUCCUAACACCACAAAAAAAACAACAUCUGGAGAUAUGGCCAGUCCUUUGCAAACAGCACCUAGCUAUGGCUUCCUCCAAGACUUCCAGCUCUCCCGACAAACCAGAGGAUUUGAGCAGACAAGGUGUAAAUGAAGUUUGAAUCAAGAAUAAAUGAGAGUGGAGGAGCAGAUUAAUGUCAGGAUUUUUGUUUGUUUGUUUUAAAUGACUGACUCUUAGGAGUUUAUGUGACUGAAAUCCUUUCAUAGACCUUCAUUGCUGAUUCUUUUGUUGAAGAGGAUUCAUAGAAGUGGAUCUGGAAUUUCUUGAAGAGUUUUCCGAGUGAAACGAAAGCGGACGGAUUGGUUGGUCGCCUUGUACUGUGAAAUGAUACAUCCACGCACAGACAUGGGGGAACUGGAGGUCUUUACCAGAUAUGCAACAAUUAAACCGAUAGGACUUAUACCUAUAAGUUCAUUGUGUAUACAAUUGAACACAAAAUUAUAUUCCUAUAUAGAUACAUCUUUACAUGUUAGAGAGACAUUUAAAUGCUCUAAUCUGCAAUAGAAACAUGGAAAUUAUGGUUGAGACUCUCUGGGCAGUAUAUAUGUAUCAUAAUUUGUGUCAUACUUCACAUGCAUCUUCCACACUUAACAAAAAAAACUAAACAAAAGUGAGCUGUCAGCCCUACUCAGACAUGCAUGUUAUUGUUCUGUAAAUCGCAGACAAUGGAGCAGCUAAGAUGCUAGUGUCACCUAUUUUUGCAUGGUAAUUCCUUUCUCUCUGUUUUGUUUUGUCCACUUUUAUUUCCUGACAUCAGUGGGGAAAAAAUAUAAAAUAUUAUUGAUCAAAACAGAAAAGUGCUCAGUCACUUAAAAAAAAAAGCAAAAAAAUAUCAGGCAUGUUUUUGGCAGAAAUCUUUAGCCGGAUGUACCUGGGUGAGCGUGGGUGUCCGCAGGUGUAAGCAGGGGUCGGACUGAGGUUGGUGGAUAAGCCUUGUGUACACUGGUCACAAAUAUGCAUGGAUACCGUUGUAGGUAUUUUUGAUUUUUUACAUGUUUGCUCCUUUUGGAAGUGAAUAGCAGAAGAGUUGUUUUACAGAAUAUUAUUGUAUGUUAUUAUGAAUGGAGAUGAAUGAAGGGACUGAUGUGUCAUUUAGUUGGCUCAUAACCUAAUACCUUUAGAAGAAUAAUUUAUGUUUCUCAGUUGACCUGAAUCGUGUGUAUUAUUUUAACAUUAUGUCAGUGCAGCCAGACUUUUAGUUUAUCCUCAGCCUUGUGUAAUUGCUAAGUUCAUGAUUUACCGAUCAGCCAUGUGCAACACCGAAACUGGCAAUAAAAAUGUCAUUAUUUUAGUAAAAAGCAAAAGAAAGGUAAUCAUUUUCAUUAAGAAAACAAACUUGCACUCAACCAUGAUGACAAAUGUAUGUAACUGUUUACAGUUUCAGAGUUAUUUGUGUAUUUGCUAGCUUGAUUGUGUUUUUUUUUUUUUUUCCUCCAUCCAGUUGUAUUUGAGAGCAUAAAGUACUGAGCUCAGAGCUGGUCAGACGCCUGCCCUCAUGAAAUGGCUCUGGUGGGAGGAGUGAAGGAGAGUGAUGGCUUUGAAAAGCACAGAGGUGUAUAGUCUAUUCCACAAAUAAAGAGAACAGAAUUCAGCAAA